AUGUCUUUCACUCCAAUUCUUGAGGCUAGGCUUUCAGUAGUGGAACAGAGUUCUGUGGCAGUGGAUGAACAACCACAGAAUGACCCACAGAGUGAGGAUGCUAACGCAUCUAAGGAAACGAUACUAGAGAUAUUACCAGAGCUAUCUGCAGAUGAUGAUGAUUCCGUAGUAGACCUGCUCAAGCAACAUGCACCUGUUUGUAAAGCAAAUGAUGCGGUAUCAGAAGUGUUACCAGAGGUCAAUUCCAAGUCAUCGGAGGACAGAGAGAUGGAUAAAUUCUUGAAUGAGGCACAUAAGAAAAGCGUUAGUGAUAAAAUAAGGCAACACAAUAAGGAGAAGCUUCAAGCCCAAAACUCUACAUUAUAUGAUAAAUCAUCAUGUGAUAUAAAAACCGUUUCUCAGGGAAACGAUCGUGAUAAUAUUGAAAGUAGUGUAGAUAUUGCUUCCCAAAUAAGCAAUCAGCAAAAAACUAUUCUGAAUACUUCUUUACCGGCAGAAGAUCUUGACAAUUCUGAUGAAAUUGAGCUUACUAAAAAUCAAAAUAUAGAAUUAGAUUUAAUACGGGAUUUACGGAAUGGUAUGCUUAGCCGAGAGGCUAGCUUUACAGCUAUUGCGAUACCUGAUCCUAUAGAAACACCUCCCGAAGACAUCGGUUUCGAGAAAAGGGGUAAAUGGCUAUUGAAUAUUGAAGUGGAUGGCCUUCAAUUGCUAUGGAGCAUAAUCUUAGAUUGCUUACUUAUGAAGUGA